AUGACGAAGGGUACCUCCAGUUUCGGAAAGCGCCACAACAAGACGCACACGCUCUGCAGGCGUUGCGGUCAACGAUCCCUUCACAUCCAGAAGCACACCUGCGCCUCAUGCGGCUACCCUGCUGCUAAGACCCGCAAGUUCAACUGGGGCGAGAAGGCCAAGCGAAGGAAGACCACCGGUACCGGCCGCAUGCGAUACCUCAAGACCGUCAACCGCAAGUUCAGCAACGGAUUCCAAACUGGCGCUCCCAAGGGCUCCAAGGGCCCCACCGUCAAGUCCUCGUAA